AUGGAUAGCACAAAGCACGAUGGGGGCCAUGGUGUUGCAGUCAGCCCAAGACGGAGCAUGGACAUCCCGGCACCAAAAGCGGAGAUGAAUGCCGAUGAGCUUCGUCUGGCGCAAAUGGGUCAUACACAAGAGCUGAACCGACAUUUCAGUACUCUAAGUCUCAUCGGCCUAGCCUCCACUACAACCAUUUCGUGGACGGGUCUGGGUCUCGGCCUAAUCACCGAAAUUGGAGCCGGAGGCCCUGGAGCAGUCAUCUAUGGCUUUAUCCUCGUGACUAUUCUGCAAUGCUUCCUCGGGGCGUCACUGGCGGAGUUUGUGUCUUCUUAUCCUACCGAAGGCGGCAUGUACCAUUGGAUUGCUGCUGUCGCGCCAAGAAGGACGACUGGUAUUUUGAGUUUUCUCACUGGCUGGUUCAGUGUUCUUGGUUGGAUCUUUACUACUGCAUCAACAAACAUCAUCUAUGCACAAAUCCUCAUGGCUUUAAUCGCUCUGUACAUGCCCGACCUCGAGAUCAAAGCCUGGCAGACUUUCAUCGUUUACGAAGGCUUGAACCUGCUCACCGCUGGCGUUGUCAUGUUUGGAAACAAAAUCAUCCCCGCCUUGAACAGGUUCUCGCUCUUCUACUUGCAGAUUGGCUGGCUCGUGGUGUUGAUUACCGUGGUUGCAUGCGCCCCCACACAUCGCGAUCCUGAGUUCGUUUUCAGGACCUGGAUCAACACGACUGGUUGGGAGAACAACGCUAUUUGCUUCAUCACAGGAUUGGUUAACCCUCUGUACUCUCUUGGUGGUCUCGAUGGAGUGACCCAUAUUACAGAAGAAAUGCCCAACCCAUCGAGAAAUGCUCCUCUUGCCAUUGCCAUCACACUGAUCAUUGCGUUCUGCACUGGUAUCACUUAUUUAAUCAGUCUGAUGUUUUCGAUACAGGACUUUGACCAGCUUACCUCGGGCAACACUGGUAUGCCUCUUGCUGAGCUUUUCCGACAGGUCACACAAAAGACUGGCGGCGCAUUUGGUCUUCUGUUUAUUCUCUUCAUUGCCCUUGGUCCUUGCGUUAUCAGCUCGCAGCUAAGCACUGGCCGAGUGUUCUGGGCAUUUUCCCGAGAUGGAGCUAUGCCCUUCUCCAAGGUUUGGUCCAAGGUCCACUUCAGUCUGAAGAUGCCUUUCAAUGCCCAGCUGGCAGUAACAGCCAUCAUUGCUGCCUUGGGUUGCUUGUAUCUCGGUUCAUCGACAGCAUUCAACUCCCUUCUUGGAACGGCCGUUACGAUCAACAAUAUCUCAUACAUGUUCCCAAUUCUCACCAACCUGAUUACUGGCAGGAAGAACAUGCACAAGGGUGUUUUCCACAUGGGUCCGACCAUUGGCCCCAUAGUCAAUGUUGUGACCGUGUGCUGGCUCACUUUUGCGAUUAUCUUUUUCUCCUUCCCGUACGUUAUGCCAGUUGAGGCUGCAAACAUGAACUACACAUGCGUCGUCGUGGGUGGCUUGGCAAUUCUGAUUGGUGGGUGGUGGUUCAAAGCAGGCAAGGACGAUGCCAUUGAGUUACAAUCCAAACGACUGCCUCCCAGCACGGAAAAAGGCUCAGUUUGGGAACCACUCGUUGAAUCGGAAUCGGGUCACGAUAUCUCGAGGCGAAGCUCAGUUCGUCCUCUUGAACCUUCUUACGUCGAAACGCCUGAGAACAAGAGCCUUUCGAUAAAGAAAGCCUGCAGACGCUUCCUCUUACUUAUUCCGCGCAUACCCCCUCUUAUUCGCCACUUAGCCUUGGUACAUUUCCCACCUGUUGCAAUCACCUUGGCCGUUCUCUCUUUAUACAUCGCCAAUCUUCGCUGGAGUAAUCCCACAAAUAACGCCUUGAACGCCCUUCAGUUUGCAGCCAAGAUUCACGAGGCCCUAAUCAUAGUAUCCAUUGGUGACAUUCUACUGGGACGAAUUAACCACCACCUCUUAAACAAGGGGGAUUCUCUGCCGCUUGGAUACCUUCCAUCACCAUUACUUCUCAAUUCGCCGUUUCUGUACCUCAUAAGCCCCGAGCUAUGGGCUCCAAUACUAUCUUCAAGAGGCCAACAUAGGACACGGAAGGCCACAGGUGUCAUGAUCCUUCUGUCCGCCCUCUUGUGUAUCGCUGCGAGCCCUCUAUCCGCCAUCACUAUGAUACCUCGUCAAGGCUGGCGACCCGCCCAAUAUCUCACAGCGAGUGAACUGAAGACCACAUACACUCCCGGUACUCUUUAUAACACUGACUUAGACGCCGGAGACGUUCCAGUCCACAACUAUACCCGAUAUUCUGCAUGGUUUACCACACCCAGCCAGAAGUCGAUUUUGGAAACCACUAUCACCAACGAACGUUCUGAAGAUCCUACUCCUUUUACGAAUGUGACAUAUUCAAACUAUCAAGCGACGGGUCGGCCUAUGUCAUACAAAACCCUGGGUAUCACGGCGGUUGCGACGUGUCCACUAAGCACUGUAGCUCGGUAUCUUGGAGACAGGAAAUACCGACGCGGGUGGGAGAUACCUAUCGCGCAACACCCCUGGCUACUCAAACUCAACGAAACAAAGAACAUGAGCAACUCAGGAGGCCCUCUGGGACAUAGUUUCAUCAACAUCAGAGAUGCAAAUCAACUACCGGUCAGCACCGAUAUCAUGUUUGCAUCAAUUAUGAAUGAAACUACGGAUGAAUAUUACGGGUACACCAUCCCGCAACGGCCUACAGUCGUCAGUUUCACCUUAUGUCUCAUAUCCGCACGAUGGACGGAGGCGGAUGUCUGGGCUGAGGACGAUAGGUCCCGAGAUGCUCUGAGUCAUUUCAGCUUCGCCAAUGGUCAAGAGGUCAAUGAAGUCAGAAAUUCCUUUGGCACUCGGAGUUUUAUAAGCAUGAACGAAGGUUGGAUGGCUGGAAUAGGUUCUGUGCCAACUAUAUCCGCAAACAGAUCAUCUUAUGACGAGGCACUAGAUUUCUGCAUCACAAGAAGACGAAACACGAUAGGACUGAUCCCAAAAGGACGGUCCGGAUAUGAGCCGCUAAGCCCAGACCACGCUUGCAUUGAAACCUUCCUUGCGAUGCAUGUCGCAGAUGCACUAGCGGAGCUUGGUGGAUUUCAAGAGGCCAUAUCCAAUAAGCCUUGGAACAGGUCUUUUAGUCUUGACGGCAAUUCAGUUGUCUACACAUCAUAUGAGAACGUGUACUCGUACCAGUUCGGCAGCAGCAUCGGUAUACCUAUAGCGUUUUCAGUUCUUCUCUUUCAUGUUCUUGUGGUCUUGAUCUAUAUUCCACUGCUGUUCUUCUCGGAGCAUCUCCGGAACAGACCAGGGUGGAGUAACCUGGGCGACUUGCUGGUACUUACAUUGUCCUCCGACGUCGACGUGGACCUGACAAAAGGUAAAGCCUCUGAAAAGUGGACAAGGCCUGUGGUCGUCAGGGACCUAGGUCAUACGGGGAGAAAGGAUAUUGUUGUAAGGGAUAACGGUGAUGACAUGGACUGA